AUGGUAAUGGAGGUGGAUGAACCAGCGAGUACCUCAAUGGAUACCUCAGAACCCUUGGAGCCCUCCAUCGAAUGGCGGUUCAGCCAAGUAAAAGGGAAUAUCGAAGGAGAUGACACUCAUACCGAAGCCGAUGUGAUAUCGUGUGUCGAGUUUUCGCACGAUGGGGAAUAUCUGGCUACUGGCGACAAGGGCGGUCGUGUUGUUAUAUUUCAACGAGAUCAGAGUGGAAAAUAUGUGAAUGGGGCACGAUCGCGAGAGUACAACGUGUAUUCGACCUUCCAGUCACACGAACCAGAAUUCGAUUAUUUGAAAUCGCUUGAAAUCGAAGAGAAGAUUAACCAAAUCAAGUGGUUGAAGAAAAAGAACGCGGCGAAUUUCGUGCUUUCUACAAAUGACAAAACUGUAAAAUUGUGGAAGAUUAGCGAACGAGAGAAGAAAGUGAAUUUUUCCGGUGUGACCAUAUACUGGUUUGUUGGUGUGCUUCAAAUCCCUACCAUUGUGCCUAUGGAGUUAAUUGUGGAGGCGAGUCCACGAAGAGUUUACGGAAAUGCUCAUACUUAUCAUGUUAAUAGCAUAUCUGUCAAUUCUGACCAGGAAACAUUUCUGUCUGCCGAUGAUUUGCGGAUCAAUUUGUGGCAUCAUGAGAUCACGAAUGAGUCUUUCAAUAUUGUUGAUAUCAAGCCAACGAACAUGGAAGAGUUAACAGAAGUUAUCACGGCAGCUGAAUUCCAUCCUAGUCAAUGCAAUUGGUUCGUUUACUCCUCAAGUAAAGGUUCUAUACGUCUCUGUGAUAUGAGGGAUCGUGCCCUUUGUGAUAACCACGCUAAAAUAUAUGAAGAGGUUGAGGAUCCAAGUUCUCGUUCUUUCUUUUCGGAGAUCAUCGCUAGCGUAAGCGAUAUAAAGUUUUCGCAUAACGGCCGUUAUCUACUCACAAGGGAUUAUCUGACUAUUAAGGUUUGGGAUCUCAAUAUGGAAAGUCGACCUAUUGAGAGUUAUGCCGUCCAUGAUUAUCUUCGAACGAAACUAUGCGCCCUCUAUGAGAAUGACUUCAUUUUCGACAAAUUCGAAUGCGGAUGGAGUGGUGACGACCAGCAGUUGUUGACUGGGUCAUAUCACAAUCUGUUUCGCACCUAUACCCGAGGUUCAGCGGAUGCGAAGAUGUGGGAAGCACGACCACAAGAACCCCACUCAUUACUGCGUACGCGAAAGAUUUGCCCUGGUACGAGUGCACGAGCUCAAAGAGCUCGUCGUGCUGUUGGAGAUGUUGGCGAUGAAGAUUUGGCUGCCGAUACCUUAGAUUUCAAUCGAAAAAUUCUUCAUGUUGCAUGGCACCCGAAGGAGAACAUCAUAGCGCUUGCUGCCACUAAUAACCUUUAUAUUUUUUCGGAUAAGUAG